UGUAUGUUCGUAGAACAGUUGCAUUCGAGAAUACGCUCCGUAAAUAUAUAAAUUUUUAGAUAUCAAAGUUAUAAAUCAGCUGAAAAUAGGAAGAGCCGGGACAGAUUUCUCAGCUCUCCUACCCUCCAACAACCACACCCCUUUACAACCGCCCUCCAACCAUCCUAACUCCACCUUUCACCAUCUAAUUGGCACUUGUUCAAAUUCUACUAAAUACCCCGAUGUCUGCUCCGAGUACUAUCAAGAGCACGGAGGAGACCGUGGAGUCCUACCCGGAGCAACAGGCCGAGGAUUACGCUCAGCACUGCGGAGUUGUCAUGUCCGAGAACGAAGUAACGAACGGAUUCGUUAAAGAUGGCUCCAGUUUACCCUAUAUAUUUGAAACAAAUGAUUCUGGAAACCGGAAGCGCUCUUCUAAGAUCCUUCCUGUUUGCGGGAUGUGCGGAAAGAAGUUUGUCUGUGUUACAACCAUGAAGCGUCAUCUUGUGACCCAUACCGGAGAGAAACCCUUCUCCUGCAAGGUGUGUGGAAAGCAGUAUACGCAGAAAGGAAAUCUCAGGGUUCAUGAACGAACUCAUAGAAAUGACCGACCUUUUGAGUGCAACAUUUGCUUACAGAAGUUUUACAGGAAAGAACCAAUGCAAAAACAUCAAUGGCGACAGCAUGGAGUUGUGCAUUUUAAGACUAGGCCCACCAACACCGCAACCAACAACAACAUCAACAACAACAACUCCCAACCUUCUCUUGGUAUAAUCGGAGCUGAAGGAAUACUUUAUCAUUCCCUGACUGAGAGCAUCAAGGAGGUUAAUAGCGGAGGUUGGAGUCAAGCAGAGAUUAAAUUUGAGGAGAUUAAAAACCCGGAGAAUACACAGAUUUAUGAACCGGAUCAAGACCAGGUUCAGGUUCAUAUUCAGGUUCAGGAUGAAGAUUCAAGAGAAGAGUUUAUCCUUCUCCAGAAUGUACCUCCCAUCCUACCGGAGGAGAAGUUUGAAGUUCCGGAACCCGUUGAGGAAACUGUAGUACACACUACGGAUUCAGAAACUUUAGUUCAGAUCACAGAACCUGAGACUACAGUUCAUACCACAGAUCUGAUAGAUCAUGAAGAGUCAUUUAAGCCUAUAAAACUAAAGAUGAAACUAGCUCAGGCUUACAUGAAGGAGAUAGAGGAGAACAGAGAGAGAGAAGAGAGAUAUGAUCAAGGACGGGAAGGACGAGAUAGAUCUGAUUUAUCUCCAUCUGUCUGCAGAAUUGAUUAUAAUCUAGGAGAGUUCAGACUAUCAAGCUCAGAUAGCAAUUCAACCAGUAAUAUUGAGAGCAACCCUAACAGUAGACCAGAGAGUCGACUUCCGUUUCUCCAGCCUGACUUGAAGGUACCAGACCUGUUCUCCUGUCCCCCAGAUGUUGCUGAUAGCCAGGAUAGUUUAGAGUUUCUCUGUAAGGCCUGUGGAACCACAUGUCUUGUGUCGGAUCCGUACAGUUUCAGUUGCCCUGUCUGUAAUAUCAAAUAUACAUCUAUGCCGACCAAUAUGAUUGCAGAUCCUCUGCAGUGUAUUGGUUGCAUGGAGCUAUUUCCUCAUAAACCUGCUCUUAAACAACACCAAAGCUCAGAGGAGAAAGAACGUCCGUUUAAAUGUUGCAAAUGUGGAUUUGGAUUCAGACAAAAGGCGCAUCUUCAGAAGCAUCAAUGGCGGAUACAUAGGAAAAGGUUUGAGGCGGAACCUAAUGUUCGUGUGGCGGAGGCACUUCUUUCCGCCGUUGACGGUGUACCAGUUGUAAACCAGGAGCCCGAGCUCCAAAUUGACCCUUCUACUAUGGUCUACACUGCUGAGCAAAAGGUUCCAAAAGAUUACUCCAGGAGAACAGAAUUGGAACCAGCUCCUCUCGAUCUCUCACCCACUAAGAUGUAUGGAACCCCGGGCAGUAUUACCAAGUGGGUGGAGCAGGUUGAAACCGCAAGAACCCCGAUAAUCCCUGAUAUAUCAAUCAUGAAGAAAGCUCCAACUGAAGCGAUGUCUAGGUUCCAGGAGUUGUUGAGCCGACCUGUUCGGAAAGAGCAAGUUCAGCUUCAUAUCAUCAAUUCUCUCUCCGGUAGAAGAGAAGAACCUCUCAUCAUCCACCUAGGAGAAAAUAACUCUGAAACUAACUCCAAACCGUUUGCAAUCAAAACAAAGAUUCCGGAGCAAGUAUUAAACAAUAGCUGGAAGAAUAUGGAACAAGCCAACAAUCCUCUUUUGAAUCAGAUCAUGCAAGAACCACAAAAACCGUCUCAGAUUCUUAACUCAUCUCUUGCUCCUGCUGUCUAUAUAAGUCGAGCGUCUAAGCGUCCCAGAACGGAUCCUAUUUUACAAACGGAAUCGAAUCCGUCCGUAAACCUAACACGUGCAAUCCCGUCACAAAAUAACAAUGCUGAACGGUCUGGUCUACUGGAGAAGGAUUUCCUAAUCCGACCCAACCUGGCGAACAGUCCUGACUCCGUAGCUACUAGACUUCAAUCCCCGCUGUCCUUGAACACAACUCCGUUGCGGCUAGACACGCCUUACUCCACGGUGUCUCCGCCUCUAAACCUGACACAUCCCCAGGUCUCCCCGUAUGAUUACAGAAUUGGAAAAUCAAAUCUCAUCUCCGGACACUUCCAGAGACUAAAGAGUCAAGAUGAUAGAUCUGGAAUCUAAAUCCGACCUUGAAGUUGACAACUAGAAACAAUUGGUUUAUUUAUCAACAAAACUGGCAAUUUUAGAAAACUUGCAAAAUUUCUCAUUUUUAGCUGUGAUAUUCAACAUUAUUCUUCCAUACAGUGUACCUUAUAUGCAAUGUUUACAUUUUUAUAUUGACAAAAUGACAUUUAUCCUACUAAACUAUAAAUUGACCCAUGGACUUUGAUUUAGCAUUAUAUUAUACAGUAAUUUUAUCCACAAAUAUUAAUUGAAUGUCACACAUUUUAUUCGGAGUCUUUCCGUAACAUAGAUAUAUUACUAAAAGUAUAUAAUUUGUUGCAGAAUACUUUUUCAAAGUUUUAUUUAAUUUCAUGAUAUAUUUUUCUAAAAGUUUCCUGUCUUUUGGGUGAUUUUGGGGAAUUAUUUCAGAACUCUAGUUUCUUAUUGUUUUUGUUAAAUUGUUAUUUAAUAAAUUUUAAUUAUUACAA